UACAGAGAAUACUUGGACAGUCACACCAGUGAAAUGGAACUAGAAAAUAACACACAGUUUUCAGAAUUUAUCCUGCUUGGACUCUCAGAAGAAGCAGAGCUUCAGCCCCUCCUUUUUGGUCUUUUCCUUUCUAUGUAUUUGAUCACUUUUUCUGGAAAUCUGCUUAUCAUUCUAACUACCAUCACUGACUCUCACCUACACACGCCCAUGUACUUCUUCCUCUCCAACCUGUCCUUUUCAGACAUCUGUUUCACCUCUACCACUAUCCCAAAAAUGCUACUGAAUAUCUAUAUCCAGAACAAAACCAUCACUUAUGAAGGUUGCCUCACUCAAAUAUAUUUUUUCAUCCUUUUUGCGGAAUUGGACAUUUUUCUCCUCUCUGCUAUGGCCUACGACAGGUUUGUGGCCAUCUGCCACCCAUUGCACUAUACAACCAUUAUGAAUCCCAGGUUCUGUGGCUUGCUAUUGCUGAUAUCCUGGAUAUUUAGUGUCACAGACUCUUUGAUACGUGGUUUACUGGUGUUGCAUCUGUCUUUCUGUACUGACUCAGAGAUCCCCCACUACUUCUGUGAAAUCAAUCAGGUUAUUCAACUUGCCUGUUCUGACAACCUCCUCAAUGUGAUAGAGAUGUAUUUUGCCACUGUGCUCAUGGGCAUUAUUCCCCUCUCUGGCAUUGUUUUUAGUUAUUCUCAAAUUGUUUCCUCCAUACUGAAAAUUACAUCAACAAUGGGAAAGUACAAAGCAUUUUCUACCUGUGGGUCUCACCUCUCAGUAGUUUCCUUGUUUUAUGGCACAGGUCUUGCUGUGUAUCUCAGUUCUGCUGCUACCCAAAAUAAUAGGGCUAGUGCAAUAGCCUCUGUGAUGUACACUGUGGUCACACCAAUGUUGAAUCCGUUCAUCUACAGUCUGAGAAACAAGGAUAUUAGGGCAGGCCUGAAAAGCCUUGUAAGCACAGUCACUUUCAAUAAGUAA